AUGACAUCAACGGAGGAAUCCGACAACCCAACCGGACCUGCGAGCUUAUCACCGUCGUGUAGCAAAUGCGUAAAUGUAUUGCAGCAGUUAGUUUCAGGUUUGACGAAUGGCGAUAAUGACGAAUCACCACCACUGACUUUGUUAAAGGCAAUUGGUGGAGGGGACCCGAAGCAGCUCCGAGUAGAGAAAUCCCGAGAUGGUGUUGUAUUGUAUCUCCCUGUGGAAACAACUCAGCCGCAUUUGUUGAGAAAAUGGACUAAAUUCCAAGGUGUUAAUAUGGAUGUUGAUCCCCCUCGAGCAAUCGCUACAUCCGCAUCAGAUUCAUCAACCGAGUCAACUCCAACCAACCCGUUGGCAAUUGAGCUGAAAUGCAGAAAAUGCUCGACUGUCGGGCCCGAAGGCGGGGCACGGGCAUUUUUGCUAGGACCCACGCCGCUGUCAGUUGUCAUCUGUCACAACCGAGUCCGUUCAGAUCCAGAAGAGCUAUCAGAAAUUCUAACCCACGAGCUGAUUCAUCUAUAUGAUGUUCAGAAGUUGAAAUUGGAUCUCCAACAGUGUGAAAACCUUGCCUAUUCGGAGAUCCGAGCGGCGAAAGCCGCUGAAUAGCAUUUGUUGAACCAGUACCAACAAGCAAAUAUACCAAGAGUCGUAGUGUUUUCUUGGGAUCCUGCUCUUCUUGUGCUACUUCGGGCAGCUGACAAUCCUCUGAAGACUAUAUGCUACGACUGGAUGCAAAAUAAGAGGUACAGCCUCCCGUCCCCUGGAUUUCGAAGAACUCCUCUAAGUUCCGAGGAAUAUCGUGAUUGA